UGUAAAAAAUGGUAACGCCUGACGCGUUCCACAGGUGUUUGUUAACAAAACGUAUGUGUUCUCGUUGUGUGCAGUAUAAAAACACAUGCGUUUCUUUAUGGAACGGGUGUUUAUAACUAAAACAGUAAUGUGCAGUGUUUAAACGGUUGGUGUUUACAUUGGCAUGCCUGUGUGCAAACAUGAAACGUUUGUGUUUACUUUUAUGUCAUAAGCUCAUCUCGUGUUUUGAUUAUUAAUAACAAACAAAACAGAAACAUAACAGUAAACAGAAACAUCACAGUAAGGAUAAGACAAUACAAAUGUUAAGAAAUAUUUAAUGAGAAAGUGUCUCUGUAUUAAACGCCGGUGUUUCAGGGGCGAACAUUCUGCGUAUGUCAUGAGUGCCGAUCAAGAACACCUUCUGAUAUUAUCCGAGGUGUUACGAAUUUAACUUCCUUUCUCCUGCUGCAGCCGAAUUUUUUGGAGGAAAUUUUACCUUUCUUCAUUUUGCGUGAAUUUAGCAAGGAAAACAUAGAAAAAACAACAGCAAAAGGAUGACUUUAAUGUGGCAGUGCUGAAGGCUUUAGAAUCAGAAACAGCUUACAGAAAAGGAAAGGGCCAGAAGACUCAGCCUUUGAUGCAAAAAAUUAUGCUUGAAGAUGGUGGGAAUCUUGUGAGACUUCUUUCUUCUGCACCAGAGUCGGCACCAAAGUUGGUUGCAAUUGAGAAAGAUGAAUGUAUUGUGAACAUGGCUAUUGUUUGUGAUGGUACACACAUUCUUCUAGAGACAGCCGAUUCAAUAGGGGCCCUAGCUGUGUCGAUUGAUUUGUAUUACCUUGCAGACCUAGAUUAUUCAAAGGCAUAUUCACAGGUGCGUGGGUUCCUUCAGCAAACUGAACUUCAGCACCAGUUUGAUGGGCAUAAGAGCUAUGGAUUUGUUCAAUAUUUAAAGAGAAUGAACAUGGAAAUGGAGAGAAAAGAAAAGAAGCCAAUGUGACUUAAAUGAUCCAGCUAUCAUAAAAGGAAAAGUUGAACUUUAAUUUCAUUUGGAUAAUUAUCAGUUUACACUUCCUCAGAAGUAUGUUUUACUUAACUAUAAUCUUUUUUGAGAGUCGUUAAUGAUGCCUUUAUAUGUUAUUCACACUCUUCAUCAUAAGUAUUUUUGAAGAACUGAUUUCAUCUCAUCAUAUUUAAUGACUAGUAAAUCCUUAAUUGUUUUAUCCUAUGUUUUGUUACAAAGAUAAAUUGUUUCAUUAACUGUAGAUUUUUUUUGGGUUUGCAAGUAAAUUAAAAGUUACUAAGUACAUACUUUUUUAUUAUAUUUAUUUAUUUUAUGUUUAUCACAGACUGUACUUAAUGAUGAUCAUGAAUUAUUAAUAUAUUGCUUCUGAUCAUCUAUGCUAAUUACAGAGGAUGACUGUUGCACAAUCCAUUUAUAUAAAUAGCACAAUAUUUCAUGAAAAAACACAUAUAUUUUAUAAAAAGCGAAUGAUUUUAACCAAUAGAAAUCUGGCUAUUUUAGUACAAAUUAAUAAUUUUAUAUUUCUUGCAACAGAUGUUUGAUGAUGUCAUAAUUUUUAGCUUGAUUAUUAAAAAAAUGGUAAGGCAAUAGCUUGGCAGCUGAUUAUAGCAUUAGUGUUGCAUGACAAAAUGUUAAGUUUUUUAGACAAAGAAAGGCAACCAUGGACUUCUGAUAUUUAUUUGGAACUUCACCAUUUUGUGUAUGCAAAUAUAAGUUCACAUAAAAAUACCAAUAACUCUGUUCUGCAUUUUGACUAAAUGUUGUUCCUUUUAGAAAAUUCUGCACAUAUAAAGUUAUGUAUUUUUUUGUGUGAAAAUUGUAUCUCCAGUCAUAGAAUUUUAGCCGAAACUUUGUACAUGUGUUAGAUACGAAAAUAUUAUUUACCAAUACCCAUUCAAGGUAAUUAUGCCUCAUUUCGGAGUAAAUGCAUUGAGAAUAGUGCAGGCAUGUUGUCGCUCUAACAGCUCAUUUCAUGCUUGUGUUUAGCAAAGUUGUAUUCUUGAAUUAUGUUAAAUUAAAAAUGAAAAAAACUGUAUAAUGUUAUAAUAAAUAAAUUCCAAAAAUACUUCAUUA